CCUCUUGCUCAAGGGCAGCUGCUGAAAGACAGACUGGAAGUACAACCUCUGUGGAAAACAACAACACCUGCUAGCAAAACUGUGUCAUGAUACUCCCAGAAGAAGCACCCCAAAAACCGGAAGACAACAUGACAACUCGUGCGCCGCGGGCGUGGCCUGCUUCAAUAUGUCCAUCAUAAGGUGAUUAGCGCACUGGCAAGUCUGGAAGUCACUUUUUUUUCACCGCCAAACUGUGGGAUUCAACACGCACUCCGUGUCCCGUUUCUCUGGAGGUUUGCAUCACCAUGAAGCGGGAAUAAGCCACCCCCCGGGGGAAAAAAAAAGAAAAGAAGACAUGGCUUUCCCACGGAGGAUCUGGCAACCACUUUUAAUGAAAACACAAGAAUUCAACUCUGGAAAAGAUGCUUUAAAUCUCGGAGUUUCAUUGCUGUAAGUCAAUUCUAGUACCGGAGAAUCAGGAUGAAAAGAUGGCAGCCAUGCUGUUACCAACGGGUCCUGAUGGCUUGCGGCCGUUCACUCGUGAAUCCUUGGCUGCCCUGGAGCAGCGGAUUGCUGAGGAGCAGGCCAGGAAUGCCAAGGAUUGCAAGGAGGCUCACAAGAACGUGGAGCCACCCAGACCUAGGCUCGACCUGGAGGCGGGCAAGCAGCUGCCACGCAUCUUUGGUGACAUCCCUUCGGAACUUAUCGGGGUGCCACUCGAAGACAUCGACCCGUUUUACUUCAAGAACCAGAGGACUUUUAUAGUACUUAACAAAGGAAAGGCCAUCUUCAGAUUCAGUGCCACAUCUGCUCUUUACAUUUUAACCCCGUUCCACUUCCUCAGAUCUAUUGCCAUCAAAGUUUUAGUCCAUUCAUUAUUCAGCCUGUUCAUAAUGUUCACCAUUCUGACCAACUGUUUCUUCAUGGCGAUGUCAGACCCGGCCCCAUGGACCAAGUACCUAGAAUACACGUUCACCGCCAUUUACACUUUUGAGUCAGCAAUCAAGAUAUUUGCACGAGGAUUCUGUAUAGUUCCCUUCACCUUCCUGAGGGACCCUUGGAACUGGCUGGACUUCAGCGUCAUUCUCAUGGCAUAUCUAACAGAAUUUGUCGACCUUGGGAACGUCUCCGCACUCAGAACCUUCAGAGUACUCCGUGCCCUGAAAACCAUCUCCGUUAUUCCAGGCCUGAAGACCAUUGUCGGAGCUCUCAUCCAGUCGGUGAAGAAACUCGCCGACGUGAUGAUCCUGACUGUGUUUUGUCUCAGCGUGUUCGCCCUCAUCGGCCUGCAGCUUUUCAUGGGUCUGCUGCGACAAAAGUGUGUUCGCAGCCUCACGCACUGCAUCAACUCCUCCUAUAGUCCUAAUGCAUCUUUCAUAUGCAACAACAGAACCUGGAGCUCCAGGGCCGAUUUUCUCACCAGUGAAGAUAAUUUUUAUAAAGUUGAAGGAGCAAAAGAUGCCUUAAUAUGUGGAUAUGGCAGCGAUGCAGGGAAAUGUCCGGAUGGUUUUGACUGCCUAAAGGUUGGAAGAAAUCCAAACUACGGCUACACCAGCUUUGACACCUUCGGUUGGGCUUUUCUGGCCCUUUUCCGUCUCAUGACCCAGGACUACUGGGAAAAACUGUUUCACCAGACACUGCGCUCAGCCGGAAAGACCUACAUGGUGUUCUUUGUGCUGGUUAUCUUCCUGGGCUCCUUCUACCUGGUCAAUCUGAUCCUGGCUGUCGUAGCCAUGGCCUACGAGGAGCAGAAUCAGGCCACCAUCGCUGAAGCCUGGCAGAAGGAGAGAGAGUUCCAAAUGGCCAUGGAGCAUCUCCGUCGAGAGCAAAGGUUGGCAGCGAAGAGGCAAGCGCAAGAGACGGACUCCAUCUUGUCCCCGGAGUUGUCUCCGUUCUGCGUGAAGACAGGAAGCAUGAGGAGAAGCAGCACGAGGAGGAGACGAUCUCACAGGACGUUAUCGGAAGAAACCGCGGAGGAAGCUGAAGACACGAUUGACCCACUAGAUGAGCUGAAGCCUCCUCUGUCCCCCCUGCCAGCCCACCCUCUGCUGGCCACGCUCUCCUCUCACCCGCUCAGCACCAGACGCGCCAGCCAGAUCAGCAUCUUCAGCGCAUUUCGGGUACGCAACAACUCCGAGGCUGACUUCGGCGACGACGAGUACAGCAUCCACGGGGACGCUUUCCGAAGCCGCGCCAGUUCAACUGCAACGCACUGGAAGAGAAGAACAGGAAGCGUGAGGAGCCAUUGCUCGCAGGUCUUCACCCCCAGCUUGACGGUGAACGGACGGCUCAACGUUUCCCUCGACCACAAUGGGGUGACAGCGGUGGGACCCCACACCCCAAGUUCCUUACCGGCCUACAGCAUGGAAAGGAUCAAGGAGGACGCAGUAAGCAAGCCCAUCGGUGCAGAAGACAGUGUCCAAAAGGUUCUCCUUCAACCAUCCCCCACCGUGACGGAGGGUCCUCCUGUGCACAGAAAAAGGGGACUCAGUUCUGUCAGCUUCUUCAGUGAUGCCAUGGACGAGUUGGAAGAGUCGAGACAAAAGUGCCACCCCUGCUGGUACACGUUUGCCAAGAAGUACCUGAUAUGGGACUGCUGCUCCUGGUGGCUGAAACUGAAGGAAUGGGUGAAACUGAUGGUGAUGGAUCCUUUCUUGGACUUGGGUAUCACCAUAUGCAUCGUACUGAACACCCUCUUCAUGGCCCUGGAACACUACCCCAUGACUGAGGAGUUCAACACCAUGCUCUCAGUGGGGAAUCUGGUCUUCACCGGGAUCUUCACUGCUGAGAUGGUACUGAAGCUGGUCGCCAUGGAUCCUUACUACUACUUCCAACAGGGCUGGAAUAUUUUUGACGGGAUCAUUGUUUGCCUCAGUUUGAUGGAGCUCGGUCUCUCCAACGUUGAGGGGCUUUCUGUUCUGCGCUCCUUCAGACUGUUACGUGUCUUCAAACUGGCAAAAUCUUGGCCCACCCUCAACACUCUCAUUAAAAUCAUUGGCAACUCAGUCGGGGCGCUGGGAAACCUGACGCUCGUGUUGGCCAUCAUCGUCUUCAUCUUCGCCGUGGUGGGCAUGCAGCUGUUUGGCAAGAACUACCAGGACUGUGUGUGCAAGAUCUCUCAUAACUGUCAGCUUCCUCGCUGGCACAUGAAGGACUUCUUUCACUCCUUCCUGAUUGUGUUCAGAGUGCUGUGUGGCGAAUGGAUUGAAACCAUGUGGGAUUGUAUGGAAGUAGCCGGGCAACCUCUCUGUAUCCUGGUGUUCAUGCUGGUCAUGGUCAUUGGGAAUUUGGUGGUCUUGAAUCUCUUCCUGGCCUUGCUGCUUAGCUCGUUCAGCUCUGACAACCUUUCCGCUCCAGAUGAGGACGGCGAUUUGAAUAACAUCCAGAUCGCCAUCGCUCGCAUCCACUCUGGUGUCUCUUGGCUUAGCAGAGGCAUCGUAGACCUUUUCAACCACACUUUGAAAUGCAGGCAAAAGAAAACCAAAGAAACCUGUAAAGCCGUCAAGAUGGUUGGCAAUCAUCUGGACAGUAAUGGUGGAAUUUAUGGACGUUAUGGAGAGAAGUACAUCAUACCGGAAGAGGACAGCUACAUGACCAACCCAAACCUGACCGUUAUUGUUCCCAUUGCGCCCGGAGAGUCUGAUGUGGAGUUUAUAGAAGAGGAGGAGAUUUCCGAGUCGUCAGAGGAUGAAGACAACAAAGAGAAGAUUAGCCUAUCAGAAGGCAGCACGGUGGAUUUGCGGAAGCCUGGCGAGGAGAUGGACAAUUUAUCGGAGCUGGCUGAAGAGUGUAUGGAGCCGGAGGAAUGCUUCCCGGAAUUUUGCUUGCGGCAUUGCCAGUGCUGUGACAUAGACAUCAGCCAAGGUCUAGGCCAGGCCUGGUGGAGACUGAGGAAGACCUGCUACCAGAUUGUGGAACACAGCUGGUUUGAGACCUUCAUCAUAUUCAUGAUCCUGCUCAGCAGCGGAGCUCUGGCAUUCGAGGAUAUCUACAUCGAGAAGAGAAAAGUCAUCAAAGUCAUGUUGGAGUAUUCAGACAAAGUCUUCUCCUACAUCUUUGUUCUGGAGAUGUUCCUCAAAUGGAUCGCGUAUGGAUUCAAGAAGUAUUUCACCAACUACUGGUGCUGGCUUGACUUUCUCAUCGUGGAUAUUGCUACAGACCGCUCUAUUGUUAGGGUGUCCCUGAUAAGCCUGGUGGCAAACUCUUUGGGAUAUUCCGACUUUGCUGCUAUCAAGUCCCUGAGGACGCUCCGCGCUUUGCGGCCUCUCAGAGCGCUGUCCAGAUUUGAGGGCAUGCGGGUGGUCGUGAACGCUCUCAUUGGAGCCAUCCCCUCCAUCAUGAAUGUGCUGCUGGUGUGUCUCAUCUUCUGGCUCAUCUUCAGCAUCAUGGGAGUCAACCUGUUUGCGGGAAAGUUCGGGAAGUGCGUGAACAGAACGGGCUUCAUUCACAGUUUCUUGGUCGUCAACAACAAAUCCGAUUGUCUGGCCAUGAAUGACACCCAGUACUACUGGACAAAGGUGAAGGUCAACUUUGACAACGUGGGACUGGGCUACCUUUCCCUUCUUCAAGUGGCUACAUUUAAAGGCUGGAUGGAAAUAAUGCAUGCAGCGGUUGAUUCAAGAGGAGUGGAGGAGCAACCCAUCAGAGAAAUCAACCUCUACAUGUACCUUUACUUUGUUGUCUUCAUCAUAUUCGGCUCCUUCUUCACCCUCAACCUCUUCAUCGGCGUCAUUAUUGACAAUUUCAAUCAGCAGAAAAGAAAGUUAGGUGGACAGGAUAUUUUCAUGACUGAGGAGCAGAAGAAAUAUUACAACGCCAUGAAGAAGCUCGGAAGUAAAAAGCCCCAAAAGCCAAUACCAAGACCUGCGAACAUUCUCCAAGCCUUCUUCUUCGACCUGGUGUCCAAGCAAGCCUUCGACAUCAUCAUCAUGAUGCUCAUCAUCGUCAACAUGCUGACGAUGAUGGUGGAAACGGACGAGCAGUCGGAGCGCAUGGAGUCCAUCCUCAACAAGAUCAACCUGGUCUUCAUCGUCAUCUUCACAACCGAAUGCCUCAUCAAGAUCUUCGCUCUCCGCUGUUACUUCUUCACCGUGGCGUGGAACAUCUUCGACUUUGUCGUGAUCAUACUCUCCAUCGUUGGGAUCGUUCUCGCUGACAUCAUUGAGAAGUAUUUCGUAUCUCCAACGCUUUUCCGAGUUAUCCGCCUGGCAAGGAUAGGACGCGUGCUUCGACUUAUACGUGCAGCCAAAGGAAUACGGACUUUACUGUUUGCCUUAAUGAUGUCCAUGCCAGCGCUCUUCAACAUCGGACUCUUGCUCUUCCUCGUCAUGUUCAUCUACGCCAUCUUCGGCAUGGCGAACUUCGCCUAUGUGAAAAAACAAGACGGGAUCGACGACAUGUUUAAUUUUGAGACCUUCGGGAAUAGUAUGAUCUGCCUUUUCCAGAUCAGUACCUCAGCAGGCUGGGAUAACCUCCUGAGUCCGAUCAUGUCCAGUUCUCCGGAUGAGUGUGACGGGAAUUUUAUCAAUACCGGAACAAAUACUCGAGGUAACUGUGGCAGCCCUUCGGUGGGAAUCGCUUUUUUUGUUAGCUACAUUAUUAUCUCCUUCCUCAUCGUGGUCAACAUGUACAUAGCCAUCAUUCUGGAGAACUUCAGCGUCGCCACGGAGGAGAGUACGGAUCCGCUGAGCGAGGAUGACUUUGAGAUGUUUUACGAAGUUUGGGAGAAGUUUGAUUCCGAGGCGACGCAAUUCAUCGAGUUCUCCAUGUUGUCAAACUUUGCGGAUACGCUGUCGGAACCUCUUCGUAUAGCCAAGCCCAAUAAGAUCAAACUGAUCUCCAUGGACCUCCCCAUGGUCAGCGGAGAUAGAAUCCACUGCUUGGAUAUUUUGUUUGCCUUCACAAAACGCGUCCUGGGCGAGUCGGGCGAAAUGGACGCGCUCAAGCAGCAAAUGGAGGAGAAGUUCAUGACCACGAAUCCCUCCAAGAUCUCCCACGAGCCCAUCACGUCCACGCUGAGACACAAACUGGAGGAGGUGUCGGCUGUUAUUAUUCAGAGAUGUUACAGGAGGCACCUCGUUCGCCGACAGAUGAAACAGGCGUCUUACCUCUACAGGCAAAUCAACUACGAGACUGUCGUGGAUGUCGCCAACGCACCGGAGACGGAGGGGCUCAUAGCGUCCAUGAUACAGCACUAUGGACCUACGGGGGAGGAAUUCCUGGAGACCACUGAGGAGACCACGAUUAUGUCCUCACCACCUUCUUAUGACAGUGUAACCAGGGCGGCCAAUGACCUCUCUGAGUUCAUUCGAUUAAUAUCCAGAGAUUCUGAACUCGAGGAUCCUCAUGAUAAAUAUGAGGAAACCUUUCUUUGAGAUUGCGUGGAAGCGUCUUUGCUUCAAGCAAGUCAUGGUCAAAGAGAUUUAGCUUUUUUUUUUAAACGCAACAACCCGUACGGAUGAUGAGGGCUUCAAAAUAAACACAAUUCAAAUGCUAAUACAAUACAAUGCUAAUAUGCUAAGAUUCAUGUUCAGAAUUUUAAAAGCAGUUGAAAAAUUGCACUGUUUUAUAAUUGACAGCUAGGAGACCCGGGUUCGAUUCCACUCUCUGCAAUCUCUGUGUGGAGUUUUGUUUUCUCCGGGUACUCCGGUUUCCUCCCACAUUCCAAAAACAUGCUAGGUUAAUUGGCGACUCCAAAUUGUCCAUAGGUAUGAAUGUGAGUGUGAAUGGUUGUUUGUCUAUAUGUGCCCUGUGAUUGGCUGGCCACCAGUCCAGGGUGUACCCCGCCUCUCGUCCAAAAAACAGCUGGGAUAGGCUCCAGCAGACCCGAAACCUUAGUGAGGAUAAGCGGUAGAAAAUGAAUGAAUGAAUGUUUACAACUGGGAUGAGUGAUUAGCGUGCAGGCCUCACAGCUAGAACACCCGAGUUCAAUUCCACCCUCUGUGUGGAGUUUCCAUGUUCUCCCUGUGCAGGCGUGGGUUUUGUCCGGGUAUUCCAGUUUCCUCCCACAUUCCAAAAACAUGCUAGGUUAAUUAGCGACUCCAAUUUGUCCAUAGGUAUGAAUGUGAGUGUGAAUGGUUGUUUGUCUAUAUGUGCCCUGUGAUUGGCUGGCCACCAGUCCAGGUUGUACCCCGCCUCUCGCCCGAAGACAGCUGGGAUAGGCUCCAGCACCCCCGCGACCCUAAUAAGGAUAAGCGGUAACCACUCGACUACCGUGCAGCCCAAAUAAUAUACAAUUUAUCUUUUUUUUUUUUGCAUAAUUUCUGUGUAGGCUCCAUGCUAAUUUUAUAUUGCUUUACAUUGCAUCCUUGCAAACGAAGUUCUUGACUGCGGUGACAAUCACAACCGUUCAAAACCAAACAUAACAGGUAUAUACGUAGCUAAUUGUCAAUAAUUCAUAAUAUUAAAAUCUACACAUGGGUGUUGACAGUAUGACAUACACUAUAGAAGAGAAAUUAAUUUGUAUUUUUUUCCCCCCUAGCAAUGUACUAAUAAUUAUUAGCAGUACUAAUAAUUGCUGAACGAUGUGCCUGAUUUUCACUGUUGAGUGCACAAUUCUCUCAAUCUCUUUGGACCAUGUCGUUUGACUGAUGGAUGCGGGUUUGAGGAGGAUACUGAAGCAAAAGAGCUAAUUUUGUAAUUAAUGCACAAAAAAUAUAGCGGUUGUAUACAUGUAAAACACAUUUUUAUGAUUUUUUUGUAAUGUAUAUUUAUAUGUAUUUAUAAAGAAAGACAUGCAUGGCAGCCAUAUGAGAAGCUGAAAUGAAGUACAUAUAUUGUGUUCACUUUUCUAUAAAUAUAUAUAUAUAUAGACUUUCCUUGAGAACCUGAUUGUCUCUAAAUGUAAUAAAAUAAAUAUCUUUUCCAUUUUGGUGAGUUUUCCAGCUCUCGCUACGAGGAAAGGAACGGAGUGAAACAUUUUUUUAAAGACAAUUUACAUGAAAAUGAUGUUUUUCUCUGAUUUUCUCAGUUCUCGUAUUUGACCUCAUUACAAGGCUGGCAAAUCUGAGAGAAAAAAACAAAAACAAAAAAAAAACAAGCCAGAUGUGCACAAGCCUCUGAAUCCAUGGCUUUCGGUCCGUGUGAGUGUAUUGCCCUUUAAAGCUUGAAUAUGUUUAUAAUACCAUUUAUAAUGCAGUACUAUUGCCAUUGCUGAAAGGAUCUGUGGUAAU